CGGGCACGGGCGCCCGCCCCUUGGGUCCGGUCCGGCUGCCUGCCGGUUGGCCCCUCGCGGACACGCCUUUUCGCCGCCAGAAUAUCUCUUGAGCCUCCGGCGUGGAGAGCGCAGCGCAACCGUGGAGGAGCAGUUACAUAUACCCUGCGCAAACCGUGUGGCGGUUGCACAUACAUACCCUGAGGGCGGUGUCCGGCGUCGUCUUGGUCUUGGCGAUCCUCGAGAACCUCUCGUCCAGUCCCUCCCCCGUCAGUCGUAGCGGAAGAAUAGGGUUGGAGGGUGCAAUGGCCGCGGAUCCGAGCUUCGUCGUCGGGAUCAUAGGGAACGUGAUCUCCAUCCUCGUCUUCGCGUCGCCGAUCGCGACGUUCCGGCGGAUCGUGAGGAACGGGAGCACGGAGGACUUCCGGUGGCUGCCCUACGUCACCACCCUGCUCAGCACCUCGCUCUGGACCUUCUACGGCCUGCUCAAGCCCGGCGGCCUCCUCGUCGUCACCGUCAACGGCGCCGGCGCUGCGCUCGAGGCCGCCUACGUCACGCUCUACCUCAUCUACGCGCCCAGGGAGACCAAGGCCAAGAUGGUGAAGCUGGUGCUGGCUGUGAACGUCGGCUUCCUCGCGGCGGUCGUCGUGGUGACGCUGGCGGCGCUGCACGGCGGCGCCCGGCUGCUCGCCGUGGGGGUGCUGUGCGCCGCGCUCACCAUCGGGAUGUACGCCGCGCCGCUGGGCGCAAUGCGGACAGUGGUGAAGACCCGGAGCGUGGAGUACAUGCCCUUCUCCCUCUCCUUCUUCCUCUUCCUCAACGGCGGCGUCUGGAGCGUCUACUCCGUGCUCGUCAAGGACUACUUCAUCGGCAUCCCCAACGCCAUCGGCUUCGUCCUGGGCACGGCGCAGCUGGUGCUGUACAUGGCGUACCGGAAGGCGACGCCGGCGCCGCGCAAGGGCGGCGGCGACGGCGAGGCCGGGGACGAGGAGGAAGGGUUGGCGCAGCUGGUGACGACGGGGCAGGUGGAGAUGGCGCAGCGGCGGGGGCGGCUGCACAAGGGGCUCAGCCUGCCCAAGCCGUCGGGCGCGCCGCCGUCGUCGUCGCCGCGGGACGGGCUCGGGAGCAUCAUCAAGUCCAUUUCCGCCACACCCGUCGAGCUACACUCCGUCCUGCACCAGCACGGCCACGGGCGCGGCCACGGCCGGUUCGAGCCCGUCAAGAAGGACGACGACGUCGAAGCCAACGAGUGACGGGCGGUCCUGCAGGCGCCAGCGUGUGUGUGUAUAGUAUGUUACCUGGAGAAAUUCAGAUCAGUAGCUGUUGGAAUGGAGUGAAUUCGGGUGUCGUGAAUGAAGCUCUAAAUUAGUUUACUUGCCUCACCUGGAAAUCCUGUUUUUUUUAAUAAAAAAAAUCUCGUAUGCCCAGCAGCCUGGGCCCGCUGA